CGCGGCCCGACCCUCAGCAAGACGAUGGCCCGGGUCCCAAACACGGGCUAGCGUGCCUAGGUGCCCUGCCAUGGGCUGUAUUGGCUCUCGGCGCCCAGCCGGUCAGGCAUUUCUGGGGACCACCACCUGGCUGAGGCUCAGGGACAGAGACGGCUGCUGCUCCAGCUAAAAGUGGCUUCAGACCCUGCCUGGGCUGUGGAGUGGAUCGAACUCCCUCGAGGUCUUUCUCUGUCUUCCUUGGGAUCUGCUCGGACUCUCCGAGGCUGGAGCCGUUCCCCGCGUCCUUCUUCUGUAGACAGCCAGGACUUGCCAGAGGCCUGGCCAGAGGCUACCGGCGCCAAUCUGGAGGCCCUGUCAGCCAGGUACUGAAGGAGAGGGACGGAUUGAUGGGCCUGAGGUCAAGGGGCAGGUGGAGGCUGCUUGUGCCAGGUGGAACCAACCAUGAUGGAGGAGAAUUAGGUGAAUGUUGGAGACACAGUCGCGAUGCUGCCCAAGUCCCGGAGAGCCCUAACCAUCCAGGAGAUCGCUGCGCUGGCCAGAUCUUCCCUGCAUGGUAUUUCCCAAGUGGUGAAGGACCACGUGACCAAGCCAACAGCCAUGGCCCAGGGCCGAGUGGCCCACCUCAUCGAAUGGAAGGGCUGGAGCAAGCCCAGUGACUCACCCGCAGCUUUGGAAUCAGCCUUUUCCUCCUAUUCAGACCUCAGUGAGGGCGAACAAGAAGCACGCUUUGCAGCAGGAGUGGCCGAGCAGUUUGCGAUUGCAGAAGCUAAGCUCCGAGCAUGGUCUUCAGUGGAUGGUGAUGACUCUACUGAUGACUCCUACGACGAGGACUUUACUGGCGGAAUCGACACAGACAUGGCUGGGCCUCUGGGGACCCACCUCCAGGACCUCUUCACAGGUCGUCGAUUCUCCCGGCCUGUGCGCCAGGGCUCUGUGGAGCCCGAGAGCGACUGUUCCCAGACCGUGUCCCCAGAUACCCUGUGCUCUAGUCUGUGCAGCCUGGAGGAUGGGUUGCUGGGCUCCCCAGCCAGGAUGACCUCCCAGAUGUUGGGUGAAGAGCUGCUCCUUGCCAGACUGCCCCCGAGCCGGGAAAGUGCCUUCCGCAGCCUGGGUCCACUGGAGGCCCAGGACUCACUGUACAAUUCACCACUCACGGAAUCCUGCCUUUCCCCUACUGAGGAGGAGCCUGAUUCUUGCAAGGACCACCCGCUACUCUGCCCACUGCCUGUAGGCAGCUGGGAGAGGCAGCAGCAAGUCUCUGACGUGGCCUCUUCUGGGGUCGUAUCCUUAGAUGAGGACGAGGUGGAGCCUGAGGACCAGUGAUCCAGAUGUGCUGGGUGGUGGCAUGUUUCCCCUGGCUGAUGCCCGGGGCAGAGCCUCUGCGGCCAAAAUGUGGGCUCGGGAGCUCCGAGGGCUUCUGGGAGCACUCACUUCUCCAUUGUGUGUUUUGCAUGAAAGUGUUCGGAGAGGAGGCAGGGGCCAGGCUAGGGGCGCAUGUACUGCUUCCACUCUUGGGGUUUGCCGGGGUUUGCCCGGGACCCCUGGGGCAUGGCUACAGCUGUGGCAGACAGUGACGUUCAUGUUUCUUGAAUCCAAAAUGCCACAUUUCCUUCUGGGAUGUGAACCUGAGGGGGUUGUUGUGGCUGGGCUGGGAGGGUGGGAAUGAAGGAGGAAGCCUGGCCGCCUCCUCCACCCUUCCCUGUGCCCCUUCUCCUCUGCUUCUCUCUUCACCCAAGACCACGUGCAGUGCUUGACUGAACCACCUCCACCUGUGGGGCUGGCUCCUGCCCUCCUGGAGUCUACAGAUUGAGCCAUCCCCUAAGGGCCCCCUUGCCCAGCUGGGCUCCGCUGUGCUUCACCUCGCCAUUGUCUCUAAACCUUUUUUUUUCCCUGAA